AUGAAGUUCGGAAAGCGCCUGCAGGAUGAAAUUGUGCUGGAGUGGGCUGACUACUAUGUCAGCUACAAGCGACUCAAACAGUUUAUCCAUAACUCUGAGCUGCGCGGCUGCGAGUUCAGCGAUGAGCUCUUCAACAUCAUAACAGAGGAACUCGCGAAGGCAGAGGGUCUCUUUCAGCAACUCAUGACGGACCUGCAGGAGGAGCACGACAGGCUCAUGAAGAUGAAUCCAGGCCACCCCGUGGCCCCGGAGAGGAAGCUGCGCAGGUUCUACCGCCGCAAGAAAGGCGACAGCGCGAACGACGAGGCACCAAACGAGGAGACAGGGCUUGUGAGUACUGCCACCAGCUCUGUAUGUGACCCCUCAGUGCUGGACGAAGAGGUGGUGCCGCGCCCCCAGCACACCGGCCUUGGCGCUCUCUUCAAGCAUCUUUUUUUGCUGCUGAUUGGUGACUCACAGGUGAAGGAGGUAGAGAGCAACACGCCGAGAGCUCUCUUCCUCGAGUGGCACUCUAACGCGCAUCAGCUGCAGCACUUUGCGGAGCUAAACCUCGAGGCUAUCCGGAAGUCUGCCAAGAAGCUGAAGAAGCACCGCCGCAUGGAAGACGACUUCACGGCCGCCAUCGAGGUGGAGCUCGCCCGCUCGCGGCUAGUCACUCUUAUGCCGCGUCUGCGCAACCUCUUGUCGGACGUAAGCGUGGAUUUUGAACGCAAGUUCAAGGUACCGCUGGACCAGUACGCCAACGUGGCUAUGUCGCAAGAGUGGCAUGCGAGGUGGCGCUACAUCUUCCUCGGGGCUGUGCUGUUUCUGCUGGUGCAGCAGCUCCCGGUGCUGACGGAGGAGCCUGCGGCACACAACUGCCUGACGCUUUUCGUGCUCAUCACCACACUGUGGAUCACCGAGGCGAUUCCGUUCUUCUGCACGGCCAUGCUUAUUCCACUCUUCGCUGUUCCGCUGCGCAUCGUCAUGGACCCAGCGACGCACCAGAGUGCGACAGCGUCGCUGGCGUCGCAGAUCAUCUUGGGUAAAGUCUUUAAUCAUGUCCAGAUUCUCGUCAUGGGCGGCCUCACCAUCGCCAAGGCGUUCUCACGUACCAACCUGGAGAUGUACGCUGCGAGCAUGCUGCACCGGUGGACAGCCCACCGCCCCUCGCUGUAUUUGCUUGGUGUGAUGCUUUCCAGCUGCCUCUUGUGCGCCUUCAUGUCGAAUGUGGCGGCCCCGCUGCUGGUACUCGGAGUGGUGCAGCGCACGCUUUGGGAGUUUCCCGAGGGAACGAAGGCGCCGCACGGCAUCCUGCUGGGCCUUGCCUUCUCGUGCAACAUCGGUGGCAUGCUCUCCCCUAUCGCUUCUCCGCAGAACGCUGUUGCCAUCUCAGCGCUGGGCUUCUACAACGUAUCCUUUGCGCAGUGGGUCACUGUGGCCCUGCCGGUCGUGCUGUUCAGUGUGGUCGCCGCGUGGGCCAUUGUGUUGAUUGUAUGGGAGCCAUUUGCCGCUGUCCCGUACAUCCCCCUGCAGGUUGUGAACACCGCGGCGGAGGAGCAGGUGUCUUCCGCGACGCGUGUGGUGGUGCUGGUAGUGUCGGCCAUCACGAUAACGCUCUGGAUUCUGCCGGCAAAUCUUUUCUUCGGCGACACCGGCAUCGUGGCUCUCAUCCCGAUUGUCGUGUUCUUUGGCAUCGGCAUAUUGUCCAAGGAUGAUUUCAACACGCUCUCCUGGCACCUAAUGUUUUUACUUGCUGGUGGCAACAUGCUGGGGCUGUGCGCUCACGACUCCCGCUUACUUGAUAUCAUCGCCAUGAGCAUGAAGUCCACCCUAACAGACUCGCCGCCGUACCUGACACUUUUGGCGGUGCUUAUCGCUGUGAGCAUUAUUACGACAUUUGUGUCGCACACGGUGGCGGCUAUGAUCCUGCUACCCAUCAUUGUGAAGAUUGGCUUCCUCAUGCCCCAGUCCACAGGUAUCAUGGCCGUCACACCACAGUCGAUGGUAAUGCUGACCGCUUUGAUGUGCUCUGGUGCCAUGGCGUUUCCUAUCAGCUCCUUCCCCAACGUGAACUCGCUUCUAGCCGAAGACUCGAAGGGUAAGCUGUAUCUGCGAGCGAAGGACUUCCUCGUUUGUGGCACAGCGAUCACGCUAGUAUUCAUGGUAUGUCUUGCGACGUGGAUGGUGCCCCUUACCAACUAUGUGCUUCCUGCUAAUCAUUGA